UAAAAAUUAAAUAUGAACCUUCUCUUGCUUCUUUGGCUCUUUUCUUUUUCAAGAGCCUCCACUUGGACAUUGAUGAACAUCACUUCUGGGACAGACCUAUUCACUAUGGAAAUGAGUGCAAAUGAAGACAAUGCUACUCUGACAGAUCUGACCUUUGAAUAUUCACCUACAAGCGUGACAGCUCCUUUAGCGAGUAGCCAGUACUUGUAUGUCACCUGUGUUGACAUGGUGGUGAGCGACUUUUCUCCAAGUGCUGCCCAGACAGGACUUCUGGGUAUUCAUUAUGAACUCAAGUGUCAUCAAACCUGAACAUCGCUGGCAGCGCUGAAUACAGCCUAUCCUCCAACGCUUUGGUAUGGAAAUGUCUUUGACUGGGAUCUUAGUACUUUGUCUACAAGUGGGGCUUUAUCGGAAGGAAUAAACUUUCAUACAGCAACAAACACAGAUGUAUCUACCACUCCUUACUCUGUCAGGCACACAAUAAUAGAAGUCCAACCCCAAAUGAUAAGAUUCCUAGGCCUCCCGACCACAAACGAAGACUUCUACUACAAAUGCUGGUCUAAAAAGACCACUACUGCGUACAAUGAAGGAGCUGCCAUUUCAGAUCUCUCCACUAGUACUUCUGUUCUGGACGUUCCUGUCACAAGGGCGCAAGCUAUCUCUCUAACAACCACCAGCACCUGUACCACUCUCAGCCUCUUCCUCUCAAUCCUGCUCCCCUUCUUUUCCAUAUCCCUUCUCUAAACCACUGUUUCCCCAUACAUAUUCUUCAAUAUCCC